AUGGCUCUGUUAAAAGUGUUGAUCCUCCUCUCUGUUGUAUUCAUGCUCUCUCCCCUCCCAUUAAACUCCCAAACAACCCCUCUAAAACCCGAGGCCUUCACCUUCCCCAUCCACAAAGACCCCACCACCAACCAGUACUACACCACCAUCAGCAUCGGCUCCAACUCCACCACGUUCAACGUCGUGCUCGACCUCGGAGGCAAGUUCCUGUGGUUCAACUCCCUCGACUACUUCAACUCCGCUUCCACCUACCGCCCCAUCUCCUGCGGGACCCGCCUCUGCACCCUGGCCAACGGCGUCGGCUGCGUCUUUUGCUUCCUCUCCCCUCCUGUCCCCGGCUGCACCAACAACACCUGCUCCGACGACGCCCUCAACCCAUUCUCCGGCACCCAGGUCUACAGCGGCCUCGGAACCGACACCCUCCACGUGCAGUCCACCCGCGGAGCCCACUACCAGGCCCCCGAUUUCCCGUUCCAGUUCUCAUACCGGACCCAGAGUGACGGCCUUGCUGGCCCCACCGCCGGGCUCGUCGGGAUGGGCCGCACGCGGAUUUCACUCCACGCGCAGCUAGCGUCCACGUUCGGGAUCCGGCGGGAGUUUGCACUCUGCCUCCCGUCGUCCAGGGAGACGGGCGGGAUGGUCAUGGGCCGGGCGGCUUUCCGGGGCCCCUUCUGCAAUAUCUCUCUCUUCACCACACCACUGGUGAGGAACCCCGUGCCCACGGACAUGAACGACGAGAUCGGGAACUUGACGGCUGAGUACUUUGUCGGGCUAGAGUCCAUCAGGGUCGGGGGGAGGACGCUCCGGCUGAACCAAACACUGCUCUCGAUCGACAGGCGCACGGGGGCAGGUGGAACGGACCUCCGCACAGUGAGGCCCUACACAGCUCUGGAGAGGUCAAUCUACAGGGCACUGGUUAAUGAGUUUGUGAGGGGCGCGAAGUCGAUGGGCGCACCGAAGGUGGGGGCAGUGGCUCCUUUCGGGGCGUGCUUCGACUCGGGGACGAUCAGGGAAUCGGGGACGGGACCACAGGUGCCGAUAAUCGACCUGGUGAUGCAGGGAGGGGGAGUUUACUGGAGGUUGUAUGGGUGGAACUCGAUGGUGAGGGUUGGGGGUAAUGUGGUUUGCCUCGCCUUCGUGCAGGGCAGGAUCAACCCGACGGGACCCACAACAUCGGUGGUGGUGGGGGGCUACCAGAUGGAGAACCAUUUGCUCAAGUUCGACUUGGAGAACUCGAGGCUUGGGUUUAGCUCAGCGCUCGCGCUGCACGGGACGAGCUGCUCCGACUUCGGGGCUGCCUAG